GCAGCAGCAGCAGCAGCAGCAGCAGCAGCAGCGACCACUCGUCACACAUUCUCCGGUCAACGACUAUCAACACAACAACCAAAGCCAAGCAAGCUCCCAAUCUCAACCCCAGUACUCAGAGUCAAAACCACAAGAAAGCGAGUCUGCUUCUGCUUUGGCUCAAAGGUUAGGAAGUACUGCCAGCACUUCCAGCUCCAGCUCCAAAGACUCCUUCUCAGCACGAGGAUCAACAACCAGCACCUCUUCUUCCAUCGAGAGCCCUUCAUAUCAAGCGCAGAGCAGUAUACCUCCUCUCACGAUCAAUGAAUCACCGAUGGAUGAAUACGAAGCCUGCUCGCCUUCUCCCAUGGAUGUGGACGGAGGUUACUCAUCGUCUGACGAGGAAAUGCAUUUCUCCUCCAAAGUCAGAAUUCUGUCUCAGCUUCAGAUGACUCUCACGCCCUCAAACCCCGAAUUCCCGCACCACACUCUCUCUACUAUCCCCGACGAACCCGACAACGCAGGCGCACUAUCUGAUGUGAGCGACGAGGACAUCCCCAGCACACCAGCUCUGAAUAUCUCCAGCCGGCGGCCAUGGGGAGACGACAGAGAGCUACAGGCAGACGAGUCAAAACCUUCCAGGAAAUCAAAGAAAAAGCAUACCUGCACAGCAUGCAACAAGCUCAUCGAAGGCCGAUCAAUACGCGCUCCUCGCGAUGGUUCUGCUCCACGAUCCAAGCACCGCUGGCAUAAAGAGUGCUUCAGGUGUACGGUGUGCCAGGCGCCUUUUGACGGACUUGAGUGCUACCUUUCUUCCGAUACACGGAUGCCUUUCUGUGGCGCCUGCUACCACACGCGAAACGGCAGUCUCUGCUGCAUCUGCGGUUCUGGCGUUGAAGGUCCUUGCGUGCUGGUUGAAGAGGACGAUGACGAGCAGUAUUUCACUCGCAAGUCUCAUACCGACUGCUUCAAAUGCAGCGAAUGCUCUAUCAUUCUGAACAAGUCAUACUAUGAGAUGCAACGAGGUGAAUUCAUGUGCGAAGUCCACGCUAUCCAAACAUACAACAAACUACGGGCGCGAGCAUUCGUGUCGAAAGGCUUGCCUAUGAGUGCACAGGCUGUUGUGUCUGCACAAAAGCGAAUGAGCAGGAUAGAGCGAAGGCUUACGAGUACGGUCGUUAACAUUGAUCCGAACCAGUUCAAUAGUGGAGUUCCUUUCUGAUGAUUGUCAUUGUUGUACCGCUUUUUGUUUCUUCAUUACCCAUGGGCGAUGGUUUGAGAUGUCUAUGUACCGUCGACGCGUUUCUACGAAUAGAUAACAAUUGGGUAGUUCACUCACUACAUUUCAAUACAUCAUUCUCUUUUUUGUUUAUUUUGGGUUCCCGUUGUUUUUCUGUCUAUAGUUGGUGAUCUUUUGUAUUUUUUUAGGGUUGGAAUCAGCGCUCUCGUCGUCUGGUUUUGGAAAGCAGAGCAUAAACUGUUGUCUCAGGACUGCAUGCUUCGUGUAGUCUACUAGUAAUGAACAAUAGUGAAUUGGAUGAAAUUAAUGAACUUACCUUAACAAUCGGAAUCAGCCCAUGGCGAGACAUAGACAUUCUCAC